CCCCGUUCACACGCUUCGCACGCUGUCGACCGGAUAUCGUUAACUUAGUGCCCGUUUUACGACGACUUUCUCCAGCAUUUCUUGGCGAACGUGAAGAGUCUUCCGGUGUUUACGUUCGGCGCGCGCGCUCUCGGAGACGCGUCACCGGUCGCGCAGCAACAGGUUGAAGCACCUUGGAUUCUUCCUCAUUGCGUGGACCUCCACCUAAAAAAACAAAUGACCGAUAUCAGUUCAAAAUUGUAAACCAGUGGGAUUGUCCUGGUGUAGAUUCAAUUCAUUGGUGGUCUGAUAUCCGGGGCCACAUGACUGUCCAGGCUGGAAGAAUUGAGGUGGCGCUAGUUGACUUUGAGGGGAUGGAGAAUACUAACGGUGUGGACAAUUUCAAUGACCCAGACUAUCCAAAUGAGAUGACGGCUUUGACAGUAGAAAUGCCAGAGUUUGGGCCUGACAGCACCUACUGCAAUUCAUCAAAAGUGUCACCAUAUAAAGAGAGGAUGCCACAAAAUUUAGACAAACCUCAAUCACCGGUCCUGCCCCCUCACACCAGGAGAGGGCGUGCCAGCUGCGCUAGUCUGAUUUCCAACUGGAAAUUACUCCUGAACAGUGAAGGAACGCAAAGUGAGACGAUCUUCAGUAAACUGGCCAAAGAAUACGAGGACUUGUUUAUUGACAAGCGACCUCUCGAUGACGGCGAUCAAAAGGUCAUCAUUAACAUCGCUGGCCUUCGCUUUGAAACCCGCCUGAGGACCCUCGACCAGUUCCCAGACACCCUUCUGGGCGGCCCCUAUAAAAGAAUGGGCUAUUUCGACCCCAUGAGAAACGAGUAUUUCUUUGACCGCAAUCGUCCAAGCUUUGACGGGAUCUUGUACUACUACCAAUCCGGCGGGAAGGUCCGGCGGCCUGCGAACGUACCUUUAGACGUCUUCGCGGAUGAGAUCAUCUUCUACGAGUUGGGACAGGAAGCCAUGGACCAGUUUCGCGAAGAGGAAGGAUUUAUCAAAGACGUGGAGGUCCCAUUGCCCUCUAAUGAGUUUUACAGGCAGUUCUGGCUGCUCUUUGAGUAUCCCGAGAGCUCAAACGCAGCCAGAGGGGUCGCCCUGGUUUCCAUCUUCGUCAUCGUCAUCUCCAUCAUCAUAUUCUGCAUGGAGACUCUCCCAGAAUUCAGAGAAGAUAUGGAAAUUUUUCCAACCGCUGGAGUUUCCUUCAACCAGACCACCUUCUCUGACCCUUUCUUCUUAUUAGAGACGGCUUGCAUCAUCUGGUUCUUCUUUGAGCUCUCCGUCCGCUUCCUGGUUUGCCCCAGCAAGCGGGAGUUUUUCAACAACAUCAUGAACAUGAUUGACAUUGUCUCCAUCAUCCCCUAUUUUGUCACGUUGAUAACUGAAGUCGUGACCACCACCAAUAAGUCCAACACAGGGCAGAAUAUGUCACUGGCCAUCCUACGAAUCAUUAGACUGGUGCGAGUCUUCAGGAUCUUCAAGCUUUCCAGACACUCCAAAGGGCUGCAGAUCCUGGGCCAGACGCUCAAGGCCAGCAUGAGGGAACUUGGCCUGCUUAUCUUCUUUCUCUUCAUCGGCGUCAUCCUCUUCUCAAGCGCCAUCUAUUUUGCUGAGGUGGAUGAUCCCAACACCCAGUUUGUUAGCAUCCCUGAUGGAUUCUGGUGGGCUGUGGUGACCAUGACCACUGUGGGAUAUGGAGACAUGUGUCCUAUUACUUUAGGCGGUAAGAUUGUGGGCACUCUAUGUGCCAUUGCUGGGGUGUUGACCAUCGCCCUGCCUGUGCCUGUAAUCGUCUCCAAUUUUAACUACUUUUACCAUAGAGAGACAGAGCAGGAGGAAAAGCAGCCCAUAGCUGAAUCAACUGAUCAAGCUUUAAAGUCAGGGAAUACAAAACAUGGAAGUAGUUCCUCUCUGAACAAGGCAAAUGGGAGCUGGCAGACUGACAAAUCCAAGUGUUAAACCCAUAUCGAAUUUUAUUUUCAUGAGCGUGAAUCUCAUUAAACAUGUCCAGGUCAUAUUUCACCACAAAAUCAAGACACCCAGAUAGCAUAAUGCAAGAUGACUUCAUAUGGAAAGCAUCUGCUGUGUUUGAACAUCUAAUGAACGUCUUUAAGAUGUCAGUUUUAUUUACAUUCAAAUAGACGUAUUGAAGAUGGGCCAGUAGUAUAAAAAAUACAUCUUGCAGAUGUCUCCGUGAUGUGCUAUGUGAGUUAUAUUUUGGAUUAAGAAAAUAGUCUAUUUUAUUAUCACUGUAAGUUUUAUCAGAGCAAAUAAACACAUCCUCGUUCCAUUUCCCAUAAAAGUAAUGGAUGUUUUACCUUUAUUUUUAACUCAUUCUUAAUGGCUUUAAUUUUCAUCAGAUUCUGAUUAUUGUAGGAGUAUCCUAUAUAUUUAUCAGUUUAAUGCUGUAAAGCAAGUACUUCCAAUUAUGUCAGAAUUUUUUUAGCAAUAAGAAGUUUUUUCUGCAUUACAUUAAUGCAAAUAUGAAGGAAAAAUAAUGCAAAUAAUUCACAAAUAAUUAGCAACGGUGUUAAAAUUGGCUAUAAAAUUACUAGUUUUUGCUAUUUUGGGGAAUCUGUGAAAUAUGACCUUGACGAGCUUUCCACAGGUUUUCUGAGAUCCAGCCAAUAAUGUUAUAGUACUUCAGUGUUUUCAGUUCUUGGGAGCAGAUGAUUAUAAACGUUACCUAACGUGAAUGAUACGAAUGUGAGAGCAGUUUCUCUGAAAACAUAAGUAGCAGAAUUUAAAUGUCACGUUAGAUUUUCAUCUGCGUUGCAUAAUCCUUUUAUUAAAUAAUAAAUCAACCUAAACCAUCUCAUAAUCCCAUAAACCUAUCACAUCAGGUCCACUCUUAUAAUUAAAAAUUACAGAAUCACUCUGAAAAUUAAAUGACAACUGCUCUGUCGUCAACUGUGUUUGGGUGACU